AUGGUAAACACCUCCGAAUCUACCAAAGCCCACACCAAGAAGGCUAUUGCCAAAGCCUCGAUGACCAUAACCGUUCCCAUGGAGACCAAAUCCAUUCAGACCGCUGAUUCCGUUGUAACUGUUGUAGCCAUGUCCAUUAUUGUAGCCAAGUUCGUCGUCGCUGUGUUGUCCGUCAUGGUCUGCUCUGUCAUGGCCCAGGUGCCUCUCCUUGGUAAAGGAGUUGGAACUUUCGGCGUUGGCUUCAACAAUGGACAUAUUGCUGGUAAAGGCUAUGGCUACAACCCAUACAAUAACUAUGGCUAUGGUGGAUACGGUAACGGUAAAGGUGUUGGAAACGUUGGUGUUGUUGGUACAGGCUAUGGCUACAACCCCUACAACAACAACUAUGGGUACAACGGCUAUGGCUACGGUAAAGGCGUUGGUAACGUUGGUGCCGGCAAAGCUUACGGUAACGACUAUAACCCCUACAACUACAACAACAAUGGCUACGGUAAAGGUGUUGCUGGUCACGGAGCUGGUCUUGUAGGACACGGACCUUUCGUUGGACACGGUCCCUUCAAUGCUGGACACGGCCUUUACGGACAUGAUGGCAGCUUUGCUGGACAGGGACCUUUCGUCGGAAACGGUGUUUAUGGACAUGGUUGA